UUAGUUAUUUUCAGAUUAAAUCCAUGUGAAAAGAAAAAUGGCUGCCUAGAAAAUCCGUGAAAAAUGUUAUAAAAAAUGCGCCAUCUCUCGGGCAAUGAUCGACAAUGAAAGAAUCCUACUUUCUAUUCUUGGGCUUCGGGUUGAUAAGCCAAGCUGUUCUGUGCUUCGCGGUCAUCUCUUUACUUGAUGGAGGAACAUUCACUAGUAGCAGGAACACCGAAAAAGCUGAGGUUGACCCUACUGCUGGUUCUAACCUUGAACCAAAUGGAUCUUUAGUCUGUAAACAGCCUGGCUUUGAAGAACUCUUACGAAAUGUGAAAAAUAUCUGUGACGCCAGUGCCUACACCUCCAAAAGAAAUUCCGGUGAAAGUCGGAUCAAAAAACUUAAGAAAGAAAUAUCUGAAGACAAGGAGAAGAAGAUCCUUAUUGAGGAAAAGGGACAAGAUGCUUCUACCAUUAAAAAUAAGGAAGCAGAUAAGUCAGACAAUGAUUCUGGAAAGAUGAUGGAAGGAGAGGUCCCAAAUGAUGUGCUGGAGAAAGACAGUAUCUUGAAUGUAGAUCCAGGGAUGCAGGAGGUUAAGGAUGAUGUGGUUAAACCCUAUGUUGUUGUGGCUGUACCACAUCUCCCACCACAGGGAAAACAGGAGCAACUAAAAGAGCAGCUAAAAUCUGUAGUUAAUCAAGACAAGCAGCAACUAGUGAAUCUUACUGUUGAGCAGCAAAGCCUAAAAGAACAGCAUUUUCCGGCAAAUACGUCAGAAAAAGAAAUCCAAACGGAAGAUCUGACUCAAGGGGGAGAUCUUGGAACCACUGAAAAUUCAGUUGGUGAAGAAUUAUUAGAACCAGCCUCUAAAGAAGAUGACAUUGUCUCAUUUAGUCAAUGGGCUGAAAUGCAGCAAACAGACAAUGUCCUUCCAGUUAAAGAACAGGAGAAACAAGAUCAAUCUCAGACUAUAGCUAAGCCUGCUCCCCUCAAGGCAACUGGGAUCAAACUAACUAAAAACUUCGCUAGUCCAGACUGUACUGCAAAGAUUCUGGCUGGUAACCCUGAGAGCCAGGGGAGUGGAAAUGUAAUCUCAAACUCCAGAGAUGAAUAUAUUCUCAACAAGUGUACAGACAAGGCCUGGUUUGUGGUUGAGCUGUGUGAAAGUAUAAAAGCAUUGAAAAUACAAAUUGCUAAUUUUGAACUCUACUCUUCCUCACCCAAAGUAUUCAGGGUUUAUAUUGGGAAUAUAUAUCCGGGACGAGAGAAGGAUUGGGUGGAGUUCGGCACAUUUACUUAUGAGGAUGAAAGAUCCAUACAGCAGUUUACCAAUGAAGAAGGAGUGCUGGGAAAAUAUGCUAAGGUUGAGGUCCUAUCCCACCAUGGAACUGAGCACUACUGUCCUAUAUCCUUGUUUAGAGUUUAUGGUAUCUCGGAGAUAGAUCUUAUUUCAGAUGAUAAUGAUGAUGACCCUGAUGAUGACGACCACCAAGAACAUGGAACCCCUGAAGAAAAGGGCCCUGAAAACCCCCUAGUUAAAUCUGUGAAGACCAUAAGUGAUGCUGUGGUGACUGCUGUUAAAAAUAUUGUCUUCAAGAAUCCGCAAAAUACUGGAUCUUCAAAUUCCUCUCUGCAUGGGUCAAGUAUGCGACACGUGUUAAAAACCGGUUCUGCACAGCUCAGUCUGCCGCGUAUAAGCACCCUCUCCUUUCUUCUAGCUACACAGUACGAUAUCAUCAGUCCUGGCGCUGGUUACAGUUCCUACAACUGGUUCACGGAGAUGAUUUUAUCCUCGCCCUGUGUAAUGUUCUCAGUAUUGAACUAGGACACUCAGAGUUAGCCCCGUCCCUGAUAGCCGCAAAUGAAACUGUUGCUGCGCCGGUUAAUACGAGUACAGUGGUUAACAUUAACUCUACUACACCAUACA